AUGAGUUUCCACGGGGGACAGCCUCCCCACAAGAACGUGGCCCUCUCAGAGGUCCUCUUUCAUCUCUCUCCAGAAGAGGAGAAGAGGAAGCACAGGAAGAAGUGCCUAAUGCAGAGCCCCAACUCCUAUUCCAUGGACAGGAAGUGUCCAGGAUGCUACAAAAUCACCACCAUCUUUAGCCAGGCACAAACACUAGUUUUGUGUUUUGGCUGCUCCAUUCUCCUUGGCCAACCUACAGGAGGAAAAGCAAGGCUCACAGAAGGAUGCUCCUUCAGACAGAAGGAGCACUAA